GGGCGCUCGGCGGGGCUGAGGCGAGGCUCGGGAGCCGCGCCGCGAGCCCGGCGCCAUGGCGGAGCUGGAGAGCCCGGAGUUCGGCAAGGCGGACUUCGUGCUGCUGGACUCGGUCUCCAUGCCUGAGUUCAUGGCCAACCUGCGGCUGCGGUUUGAUAAGGGACGGAUUUACACAUUUAUUGGUGAAGUGGUGGUUUCUGUGAACCCUUACAAAAACUUGAACAUUUAUGGUCGUGACAUGAUUGAGCAGUACAAAGGACGGGAGUUAUAUGAGAGGCCCCCUCAUCUCUUUGCAAUUGCUGACGCUGCUUACAAGGCCAUGAAGAGACGAUCAAAAGAUACCUGCAUUGUAAUAUCAGGUGAGAGUGGGGCUGGGAAAACUGAGGCCAGUAAAUACAUUAUGCAGUACAUAGCAGCCAUCACCAAUCCCAGUCAGAGAGCAGAGGUUGAAAGAGUGAAGAACAUGUUGUUGAAAUCCAACUGUGUGUUAGAGGCCUUCGGCAAUGCCAAAACCAACCGUAACGACAACUCCAGCAGAUUUGGAAAAUACAUGGAUAUCAACUUUGAUUUCAAAGGAGACCCGAUAGGUGGACAUAUCAAUAACUACUUGCUAGAAAAGUCCCGAGUGAUUGUGCAGCAGCCAGGAGAACGAAGCUUUCACUCUUUUUAUCAGCUUCUCCAGGGAGGUUCUGAUCAGAUACUACGCUCUCUACAUCUUCAGAAAAAUUUCUCUGCAUACAACUAUAUCCGGGCCGGAGGGCAGUUAAAGUGUUCCAUCAAUGAUGGUGCAGAGUUCAAAGCAGUGGCAGAUGCUAUGAAAGUGAUAGGCUUCAAACCAGAGGAGGUUCAAACUGUCUACAAAAUUUUGGCUUCCAUUCUUCACUUGGGGAAUUUGAAGUUUUCAGUGGAUGGCGACACGCCUGUGAUUGAAAAUGGCAAGGUUGUGUCGGUCAUUGCAGACUUGCUGUCAACAAAGUCUGACAUGGUGGAGAAGGCCCUGCUUUUUCGAACUGUAGCUACAGGUCGGGAUGUCAUUGACAAGCAGCACACAGAGCAAGAAGCCACCUAUGGCAGAGAUGCUUUUGCAAAGGCUAUAUAUGAGCGCCUUUUCUGUUGGAUUGUCACACAUAUCAAUGACAUCAUUGAGGUGAAGAACUAUGACACCACAAUCCAUGGGAAAAACACAGUCAUUGGAGUCCUGGAUAUCUAUGGCUUUGAGAUCUUCGACAACAACAGUUUUGAACAGUUCUGCAUUAAUUACUGCAAUGAAAAGUUGCAGCAGCUUUUUAUUCAGCUAGUUCUCAAGCAAGAACAGGAGGAGUACCAGCGAGAGGGGAUUCCCUGGAAUCAUAUUGAUUAUUUCAACAACCAAAUCAUUGUGGAUCUGGUGGAACAGCAGCACAAAGGGAUCAUUGCCAUUCUGGAUGAUGCCUGUAUGAAUGUUGGAAAAGUCACCGAUGAGAUGUUCCUUGAAGCACUGAAUAACAAACUGGGGAAACAUGCUCAUUUCUCCAGCAGAAAGCUUUGUGCGACAGACAAGAUCCUGGAGUUUGAUAGAGACUUUCGGAUUAAGCACUACGCAGGAGACGUUAUAUAUUCAGUCACAGGAUUUAUUGACAAAAACAAGGACACUUUAUUCCAAGACUUCAAACGCCUAAUGUAUAACAGCUCCAAUCCUGUGUUGAAGAUGAUGUGGCCUGAAGGUAAAUUGAGUAUCACAGAAGUGACCAAGCGACCCUUGACUGCUGCUACCCUUUUUAAGAACUCCAUGAUUGCACUAGUAGACAACCUGGCAUCUAAGGAGCCAUAUUAUGUCCGAUGCAUUAAGCCCAAUGAAAAAAAAUCAUCACAGCUGUUUGAUGAAGAACGUUGCAGGCAUCAAGUGGAAUACCUUGGACUUCUGGAGAAUGUCAGGGUCCGACGGGCAGGAUUUGCCUACCGCCAAACAUAUGAAAAGUUUCUUCACAGGUACAAGAUGGUCUCAGAAUUUACUUGGCCAAACCAUGACCUCUCUUCAGACAAAGAAGCUGUGAAGAAAUUGAUUGAGUGCUGUGGGUUUCAGCAUGAUGUAGCCUAUGGGAAGACCAAGAUUUUCAUACGGACUCCACGCACGCUCUUCACCUUGGAGGAUCUGCAUGCCAAGAUGCUUGUUAGAAUUGUCCUCUUCCUACAGAAGGUCUGGAGGGGCACACUAGCCCGCCUUCGGUAUAAGAGGACAAAGGCUGCCCUCACAAUAAUUAAGUGCUACCGCCACUACAAAGUGAAGUCCUACAUCCGUGAGGUCACCCGGCGUUUCCAAAGCGUGAGGUCCAUGCGGGAUUAUGGAAAGCAUGUGAAGUGGCCCAGCCCUCCAAAAGUGCUGCGCCGUUUCGAAGAAGCACUGCAGGCAAUUUAUCACAGGUGGAGAGCAAAUGUGCUUAUCAAGAGCAUCCCACCAGAAGAUCUUCCUCAGCUCAGGGCUAAGGUUGCUGCCAUGGAAUUGUUGAAGGGUCACAGAGCAGAUAUUGGGCUACAAAGAGCCUGGGAGGGUAACUAUAUUGCAUCGAAACCAGAUAACCCUCAGACCGCAGGCUCUUUCAUCCUUAUUGCCAAUGAGUUGAAGAGGAAGGACAAGUACAUGAAUGUGCUCUUCUCAUGUCACGUCCGCAAGGUCAUGCUUUCUAGACCUUUAAUCAUUUUUGUUGCUCUUCUCUGGACUUUCUCCAAUUUGUCCACAUCUUUCCUGAAAUGUGGUGCUCAGAACUGGACACAAGACUCCCAGUUGAGGCCUAAUCAGCGUGGAGUAGAGCGGAAGAACUACUUCUCGUGUCUUGCUUACAACGUUCCCGCUAAUGCAUCCCAGAAUGAUGUUCGCUUUUUUUGCAACAUGGGGUGGAAGUUGUUGAAAUCCAGGUGGAAUUCUUCAAGGGCCUCCUUCCUUUGGGUCCAUAUGAUGAAGAUGUCAUCAGUGUAAUGCAAGUAGAGGAGGGGCGUUAGGGGACGAGAGCUGAGGAAGCGUUGUUCUAAGUCAGCCAUAAAAAUGUUGGCAUACUGUGGGGCCAUGCGGGUACCCAUAGCAGUGCAGCUGACUUGAAGGUAUAAGUUGUCCCCAAAUCUGACAUGGUUGUGGGUGAGGACAAAGUCACAAAGCUCAGCCACCAGGUGUGCCGUGGCCUCAUCAGGGAUACUGUUCCUGACGGCUUAUAGUCCAUCCUCAUGUGGAAUAUUGGUGUAAAGAGCUUCUACAUUCAUGGUGGCCAGGAUGGUGUUUUCAAUGCAUCACCAAUGCAUUGUAGCUUCCUCAGGAAGUCGGUGGUGAAUCGAAGAUAACUAGGAGCGCUGGUAGCGUAGGGUCUGAGGAGAGAGUCCAAAUAGCCAUAUAAUCCUGCUGUAAGAGUGCUGAUGCCUGAGAUGGUGGGGCAUCGAGGGCUUCCAGAUUUAUGGAUCUUGGAUAGCAGAUAGAAUACCCCUGGUUGGGGCUCUGGGGGUGUGUCUGUGUAGAUUUGUUUCCGUGCUGUAGGAGGGAGUUUCUUGAGCAGCUGGUGUAGAUUCUUUUGGUAUUCCUCAGUGGUACUCCUCCCUUCUGUUCAGGUGUUAGUAUAAUAAUGCCUGCAUCUGUAAUUUUCACUCCAUGCAUCCGAUGAAGUGGGUUCAAGUCCACGAAAGCUUAUGCCCAAAUAAAUCUGUUAGUCUUUAAGGUGCCACCGGACUCCUUGUUGUUUUUGUGGAUACAGACUAACACGGCUACCCCCUGAAAUUUAAUUAAACACUUUUUUUUUUUUUUUUAAACAAGCGUCAUCAGCAUGGAAGCAUGUCCUCUAGAAUGGUGGCCGAAGCAUGAAGGGGCAUAUGAAUGUUUAGCAUAUCUGGCACAUAAAUAUCUUUCAACACCAGCUAUAAAAGUGCCAUGUGAAUGCCUGUUCUCACUUUCAGGUGACGGUGUAAAUAAGCAAGCAGCAGUAUCUCCCAUAAAUGUAAACAAACUUCUUUGUCUUAGUGAUUGGCUGAACAAGUAGUUGGACCGAGUGCACUUUAGAGCCUACAAGUUUUACAUUGUUUUGUUUUUGAGUGCAGUUAUGUAUUUUUAUACAUAAUUCUACAUUUAUAAGUUACAUUUUCAUGAUAAAGAGAUUGCACUACAGUACUUGUAUGAGGUGAACUGAAAAAUACUAUUUCUUUAUCAUUUUUACAGUGCAAAUAUUUGUAAUAAAAAAUAAUAUAAAGUGAGCACUAUACACUUCAGUGAGCUACAGCUCACUUCAUCGGAUGCACACGAAAGCUUAUGCUCAAAUAAAUUUGUUAGUCUCUAAGGUGCCACAAGUCCUCCUUUUCUUUUUGCGGAUACAGACUGACACGGCUGCUACUAUACACUUUGUAUUCUGUGUUGUAAUAGAAAUCAAUAUAUUUGAAAAUGUAGAAAAACAUCCAAAAAUAUUUAAUACAUUUCAAUUGGUAUUCUAUUGUUUAACGGUGCAAUUAAUUGCAAUUACUUUUUUUAUUUUUCGCUUGAGUUAACUGCAGUUAAUUAACAGCCCUAGUUUAUAUUCAUCCUUUGUAACUUGACCUAGUUUCUAAUUUUUGUAGGACUCUUUUUUCAGUUUCAGAUCAUUGAAGAUCUCCCGGUUAAACCAGGGUGGUCGCUUGCCAUACUUCCUUUGUUCUUGCACCCUUAAUAAUGUCUCUUUGAAAAACUGUCAACUGUCUUCAAUUGUUUUUCCCCUUAGACUUGCUUCCCAUGAGUUCUUACCUACCAACUCCGAGUUUGCUGAAGUCUGCCAUCUUGAAAUCUAUUGUCUUUAUUUUGCUGUUCUCCCUCCUACCAUUCCUUAAAAUCAUGAAUUCUACCAUUUCAUGAUCACUUUCACCCAAAGGAUGGUUGUGUUGAUCUGUGUCUAGGGAAUUGUGCUGGAAGAGUUGUCUAGAUAGCAAAUAAGUGUGAGCUGAAGUCAGGGGCUGUGUGUGUGUUUGGGGUUAUUGUGUAUGUUGGUUGUGGUGUUUGGAUCAUUUUGUGUGUGCGCCUGCGGGGUUGUGCUGGGGGAUUGUUGUUUUGUGUAGGUGACGGGCCAAUUAAUCCAUCAUCUGUGUAGUCUCCCUUAUACAAUCAAUUAAAUUGUUACAUGCAAAUUAGGUGUAGAGUAAGAGUGGUGAUUUGUUAUUAUCUCUGAUAUAAUGGUCUAGGACUCUUCGAAUGGCAGAGGUACAUGCUUUACUGUAGCCGUACACUGCACAUGUAAUUGAUAAAGUCAAAAUGGCUGAACUUAAAAAUUUGGUAGUAACAAACCACAAAACCCAGUGAUGAUUGAACCUAGUGGUAUACUGAACACAGAGUCCCCAGCCAUGCUAGUAGCUGUUUCCAUCACAUCAUGCUGACUCAGCAGUCAUUCUAGGCUUCAGAAUAACAAUCUUGAAAUCAUUUUAAGUAGAUGAAGGUCCCAGUCCAGCAAACACUUAGAUUCAUAGAUUCCAAGGCCAGAGGAAUCAUUGUGGUCUUCUAGUCUGACCUUCGGUAUAACACAGGGCCGAGAACUUCCCCAAUAUAAUUUCUAGAGCAGAUCUUUAAGAAAAACAUCCAAUCUUAAUUUAAAAACUGUCAGUGAGAGAGAAUCUACCAUGACCCUUCAUAAGUUGUUCCAAUGGUUAAUUACUCUCACAAUGAAAAAUUUACUCCUUAUUUACAGUCUGAAUUUGUCCAGCUUCAACUUCCAGCCGUUGGACCAUGUUAUACCUUUGUUUGCUAGAUUCAGGAGCCCCAUAACCUUCUCUUUGUUAAGCUAAAUAGAUUGAGCUUCUGGAGUUUCACAAUUAAGGCAUGUUUUCAAAUUCUUAAUCGUUCUUAUGGCUCUUCUCUGAACCCUUUCCAAUUUAUCAUCAUCCUUCUUGAAUUGUGGACACCAGAACUGGACGUAGUAUUCCAGCAGUGGUCACACUACUGCCAAAUACAGAGGUAAAAUAACCUCUCUGUUCCUACUGGAGGUUCCCCUGUUUAUGUAUCUAAGGAUCGCAUUAGCCCCUUAGGCCACAGGGUCGCACUGGGACCCCAUUAUCCACCAUCACCCCCAAAUCUUUUUAGCGUCACCACUUCCUAGGAUAGAGCCCCCAUCAUUGAAGAAUGGCCUACGUUCUUUAUUCCUAGAUGUAUACAUUCACAUUUACCGAUAUUAAAAUGCAUAUUGUUUGCGGGAACCCAGUUUACCAGGUGGUCCAGAUCGCUCUUGUCCUCUUCGUUAUUUACCACUUCCCCCAACUUUUUUCAUCUGCAAACUUUGUCAAUGAUGAUUUUGUGUUCUUUCUGAUCAUUGAUAAAAAUGUGAAAUAGCAUAGGGCCAAGAACAGAACCCUGCCCUAUGCUAUUUCAAGCCAAGAACUGAACCCACUAGAAACACACCCACUCAGUGGCGAUUCCCUGUUUACAAUUACAUUUUGAGAUCUAUCAGCCAUUUUUUAAUCCAUUUAACUUAAGCAAAAAGAAAAGGAGUACUUGUGGCACCUUAGAGACUAACCAAUUUA